ACACAUGCAACGUCGUCGCUUAGGCUCCGUUGGCGAUUCGGCGCCACCUUCCGAAUCCUCCGAGGGUACAAAUUCAUCCGAACAAAAUGAGUUGAUGAUCAAUCCCGAUUGGUCUGCACACUCGCACACAUCCUCCGUGCAUACGCAUACAAACACACACACCACAGCAUCGUCCACGAACACGCAUACCGCCAACAACAACCACAACAAUGCAUAUUACGUUGGCUCCGACAUUGAUGCCGAUACCUUAAGCAUCGACACGGCUAGCCAAUCGAACCUUUCCGAAUAUGAACGUGGCCAAGUGGAGAGUUUCUUUGGCGGUUUAGGCACUGACAUCUAUGUCUGCACAUCGCUAGCCAAUCUCUAUGAGGGCACCGGCAAGGAGGGAGAUUGGCGUCUCGUCUUCACGGGUAUACCAGUGAUUCUGUAUGAUCGUGGAAAUGCCCGUGCACGUAGCGUACCACGUGUUACGCUCGUACUCGCGGAACGCGGCUCCUCCUUUGCACUUUGGUCAGAUCGCAUAGACAACUUGUCCGCCUAUCGUGUCGCCGGACCAUCCUUUCACACGAUGUGUCUCUCAACGAAUCAUCAACAGCUGAUUGGCUUUAGUUUCGAUUCAACCGAUUCGGCACGUGAACUCUACACACACAUUGACAAGUUGGUAAGUGAUCCCGAAAAUAUAGCGCUCUCAGUGCCGGGCAAGAAGAAACCGAAACAAAAACGUGUCAAGCCAGCGCCAUUACCGCCGAAAUCACAAAUUUCGCAACCAUGCCAAUUUCAACAUAUCACCAGUGUCACGAAGGAGGACACCGAUCGAUAUUAUAGUAUGCAGGCGUUUGCGCCGCCAUCACUGAAACACCGUUAGGAUGCGCAGCGAGAGAGAGAGAGAGAGGCGAUUGGAGGUGAGCCGACAAGUAGCCAUAACACACACUGAUGCACAGGUAUGCGUGUGUAUAUAUAGAAUAUAUUAUAUUAUAUAUGUAAGUCGUUGGGUUUGGUUAGGUGUGUAGUAGAUUUUUCUUUUGUAAGCGCAAAGCUGCGGCGUCAAUUCGUCAAUUCGUCAGUUCGUUAGUGUGUAAGAGAAAUUUUUAAAACUAAAAUUUUAUUACUGAAUUUUGCAGCAGUUAAAAAAAAAAUUACAAAAAACAAAAACAAAAAAUAAACUUUAAACAGUUAUUGAAAACUCUACAUACUAGUAAAUACAUACAUACAUAUAACGACAUUUAUAUCUUUUUACGCGCCCACAAGUCAAACAUA